GAAGCAGCUGAUUAUUGAAUAUUGAAAUCAGCUGUUUUCUAGUCAGCUGUGAAAUAAUGAGUUGAUAUUUUUGGCCAGUUAACCUACAACACAUCUGAAGUAAGAAGAUCAAAGAAGCAUUCAGCAAAAUUUGCAGACUUUUAGAUCAUGGCUCCUGCUAACAGAAUGGCAAAAUGUAGGGAAAAAAUGAAGAAGAACCCUGAAAUAUGGAAUAAUUAUUUAGAAAAAGAUCGUGAAAGGAAGAGGAAGCAAAGAGAACAGGAAAGAAGGAAAUUUAAAGCUAUUAAACUGAUGUUGGAGCAAAAGAGACGCAAGGACAGAGAAAGACAACAACUUUACAGAAAGAAAAAGGCACAACUAAAGAAAAAUAAUGAUGAAAACGCCCAAGCACUACUUGGUGAAACUUACCUUGGAACCUAUAAAAGUCCAUGUACACUUGGCAAAGCCCUAAAAAAAGCCAAAGGCACCCUACCCUCAAGUCCGGCUAAGAAAAAGGCAGUUCUUAAAAGACUAAUAGAAGAGAACUUUGGCUUGUCUGUUUGUAAGGGACUUUUUAAGAAGCAAAAAAAAGGCCCACGACAGUUAACCGAAAACUGUAUUAAGAAAGUAAUUGACUUUUACAACAACAAUGAAAUCAGUCGCCAGGCUCCAGGCAAAAGGGAUGUGAAAUCAAUAAAAGAUCCAGAAACGUCUAAAAGAACAACAUAUCAAGUACGACACAUGGUUAUGAGUAUUAGAGAAGCCCAUGAAGAGUUUAAGGUCAAGAACCCAGAUGAACAGAUUUCGCUGUCAAAGUUUUAUGACUUACGACCAAAGCACAUCUUGCCUGUUAGUCAGAUGCCCCACUCUGUGUGCGUAUGUAUAAAACAUGCAAAUUUCAUGUUCCUGAUUGAGUCUGUUUCAAAAUCUAUCCCUGGUUUUCCAGACAACCACAAGGACCUUCUUAGCCUAGUUUCCUGUGACAUUUCGAGUGAAAAAUGUAUGAUGAAUGAGUGUGAUGAUUGCACUUAUGACUUAAAAACUCUCCUUCCUGAAAACACAAACUUAAAAAAUAAGUACAAAUGGAAAGAAUGGAAAAAUGUAAACAAUAGGCCAAAUCUGGUGGAAAAUUUCACAAGUUUAGGAAGAAUAUUGGCUGAACUUAACUCUCAAUUAUGUGCUUUCAAGAUUCAUUUCUAUGUGAAGAAAGUUCAGUCUUCAUAUUUUGAUAAGUGCAAAGAUUCUUUGGGGGUUUCAAUAGACAAAGCUAUAAUGCAAAUAGAUUUUUCAGAGAAUUAUGCACUAAUCCACCAAGAUGAGAUACAGAGUGCUCAUUGGAGCCACUCACAAGUUGCGAUUUUCACUUGCUGUAUAUGGCAUGGUAAGGAAGUGUAUAGUUUUGCCAUUGUCAGUGACGACUUGAGCCAUUCAAAAAAUUCGGUAUGGUUGUAUAUUAAAACUCUACUUGAAGAAUAUUUCUUCUGA